CAGUCAACACAAGUCACAGAUAAAUGACAACACGUGUUUGUUGACAUAAUAUUUUAAUUUCUACUCUAUAAACAAUAUUGAUAAAUUGUUGCCCAAUAAAUAUUAACAAUAAAAAACAAUGGAGAAAUUACAAUUUGAUGAAUUACUAGGAGGAGGGAUCAGUUUACCUAGAGAAGUAAAAAUAUCAAAGUUAACAUCAUCAAGAGCAAGUGAAAUUGCAGCAAUAACACACUCUCUUGAAAAUCCUCAACAUACAAAAUUAGUAUUUCAAAAAUUACCAGUACACAUGAGAAGACGUGUUAUGUCACAUAAUGCAAAAAGAAUGCCUCGUAGAUUACGUGAGGCACAUAUUAAUCAAAUGACAAAAUCUGGUUUACCUCCCAAGACCAAAAAACCAUCAAGAAAUUAUCGUAGACGUCCUAAAAAUCUUCUUGAUGAAUAUAACAGAAGAAAGAGAAAUAAAAUAUGGCUUGAGACACAUAUCUGGCAUGCAAAACGUUUUCAUAUGUGUGAAAAAUGGGGCUACAAAAUAGCAAAUUAUUCAAAUAAUCGUGGCUAUAGAUCAAGCUACAGAGCUGUUGCAAAACAUUGUAUGAUACAGGAUAUAUCAUACUACAAUAUUAUACAAUUAACUGGUUCAUAUAGUAUACUUAUUGAUAAAUUAAAAGUUCAUUGUAAAGAAGGCCUGACAUUUGGUGCUAAAAUUUAUAAAAAUGGAGAAAGACAAGGUACAUUAAUGUUUUAUAAAAAAAAUAAUAUACCAAUUGGUUUUAUAACAUUUUUAUGGCAACCAUUUGAACAAAAUAAUAUUAAAACAUUAUGGAUAAAUAGUCAUCCUUCAUUUUCAAAAUAUAUCAUUGAAGAAUUAAUAUCAAGCUUUGAAUUUGAAGCAACAAUUGAUGAUACUAAUAAAUUUUUUAAUAAUCAAAAUUUAUGUAGAAUGGAAUUGUUGAUGAAUUCAUUGAAUAGAUUUAGACUACGUGGACCUUUGACUAUUUCUGUACUUAGUGAUACUUUAAAACUACCAAAUAUUGCUAAAAUUAUUGAUGAUAAAAAUACAACUGGUGGUGAUGAUGGUGAUGAUGAUGGUGAUGAAUCUAAUGAUAGCCAAUCUUGGGAUAAAAAUUGGUAUAGUAAUCCAGAUAAUGUGUUAUCAUUUAAUCAACAAAAAGAUGCAUUUUUAAAUGUACAAAGUUUAAAUUCACCUGGACAGCUACCACGACACAGUGUUCUGUCAUUGACUGUACUGGAUCCAAGAUUUUAUCUUCCUCAAAAACGUACAAAACAAAUGCUUGGCUCAGAUCAUUAUAAAACAAUUUAUAAAUUUGAUAAAAAUGUCGCUGAUAGUCCACUUUGGAAUGAAAAUAUUAGAAAUUAUAUAAAGGAUAAUUUUAAAACAACAAAUGAUAUUAAUAAAUUACGAAGUGGAAAUCUUGUACCAGGUGUACAAAAUGAUCAUCAAUUUGAUGAAAAUAUUAUUUCGAAAAUUCCAAUAAUUAUUAUUCAGUAUCCUGGUAGUGAUUACAAUGAAAAAAGUUUUGGUUUUACAUCUGGUGUUGAUAUUAUUCUUCCAUCAAAUUGGGCAAUUCCAUUUUUAAUGGCUUUUAUGUAUCGCUGUGUACGACCAAUUGGUUUACGUGAAUUUAAAUCAGUAUUAUUCGAAAAUUUAAUGUUAAACACACCAGAAAUUAAUCACCCUGAUACACAAGCUUAUCAAGAUGAAUCACAAGAAAUUAAAAAACAAUUACAAGAUUUAUAUUUUCGUUAUCCACCAAAUAGAAGAAUUAAUUAUACAAAAUUUUCAAUAACAAGUCCAUUUUUUUGUCAGUGGAGUAUACUUAUCAACGAAUGGACAAAUGAAAAUAACAUAAGUGUACUUAGAGAUCAUAAAUUAAUAACAAUGAUUGAUCAAAAAAUUAAAAAACUAACAAUUAAUGAAAAGCCAAGAAAAUCAAAUUUAUCAAUUGCUAAAAAUGACUAUGACGUUAAACUUUUAGAUGAUAAAAAAUCAUUUUUAAUAUUAAUUAAAAUUACAAUUAUUGGCAAAGGUAGGCCAAAAAAUUUUUCACUCAUUUGUCAACCAAGCAAAGAAGAUAUUGAAAGAAAAUUAGCUGAUAAAAAAUGGAAUGGACCAGUUGAAAAAUUGAAAAGUGAUGAAUUUGAAAAAAAAAGAAAAUUAGUUAGACAAAAACAUAAAAUAUUUUUGAAAAAAUCAAUGAGAAAAAGAUCCAGAGAUAAAAAAAAUAACGUUAAAAUAACUAAUGAUAAAUAUAAUACAAAUGAGGAAAAAAUUAAACAUAAAAAAAUAAUGGAAGAAUUUUAUUUACCAGAAUGUAAAAUUGUUAAAAAAUCUUGUGAUCGUGAUGUUAUGGGAUAUAUUGUUCAAGGUGAUUUUUCAUUUACAGAAUCAAAAGGUAUUGGAUGGGGUUAUAUUGUUGUACAAAGUUUAAUUGAAUUAAUUAAUAAUAAUAGUAAUAUUGUUCUUGUAAGAAAUACACAAACAAGACAGUAUCGUUUUGCUAAAAUUGAUAUUAUAAAUAUGAAUUAACAAAUGAAAUAAAUAAAAUAAAUCGAAAAACAUUUUUACUCA